AUGAGGCAAUCCUCUUCCGAGAGGGACGCUGAAGGCUUUCCCUCUGAGAAGGCAGCAGAGGCAGGCUAUACAGCCGUGGCCAAGAUUGAGGCCACGCAGCAAGAAGGAGCUUCUGGAACAGCUGGAGGACUCGAAGGGGACCUCAGGAAAGUCUGUGAGGACAAGAAGUACAGGCCCUGCACCUGUAGCUCAGAAAGCACGGGCCACGAGCCGCCAGCUCAACAGCAGGAAGAGAACCUGAAAACCAAGAAGCUGUUGUGGAAGGAGCAGCUGUACCCACUCUGGGAUCACGUGGUCAAGGCCGGAGCAUCCGGGCGUCAAUAA